CCGCCAAUACGUCAUAUCUCACAAGGGCUCACGGCUGCGUGUAGUGUAUUCCUUCUGUGCAACUGCUGCUGCUCAUCAUGAACAAACAGGGACCGUCAGUCACAGUGGCAGUGAUAGGAGAAUCAGAAGUCGGGAAAACCACCUUCAUCAACGCAUUGGCAGCUGGUGAGGAAAAACAAACGGAUGGCUUUUCUGCAGUAGGAGUGGACGUGAGGAAGCGAAGUAUUCGAAUCGGACGCGGCCUGGUCACGCUGAUCUUCUGGGACACAGCCGGAAAUGUCACGACAGGGUACCUACAAAAUCUAGAUGUUAAAAAAGUCGAUGGCUUCAUCCUCAUGUACAGGGUCUACAGAUGGGACACCUUCGCCGCCCUCCUGGAUUCUGUCGACGCUCUGCAGGCCCAUCUGGGAGGGAAGCCCGUUCUAAUUGUUGGGAACAAAUUUGGCAGCCGUGCCGCCGACGAAGCAGAAGUUAGUUGGUGUAAUGGAGAAGUACUAGCUAAGGAUUUGGGAGCAAACUUCUUCGAGGUUGAUGCAUGCGACGACAACCAGGUGCGGAAAGUAGUGCAGAACUGGACAAAUAAAGUACUGAGUGUUCUGUGCACGCGUGAGAGACCAUUGAAGGCAGCCAUAGAUGAAGAGAGACCAUUGAAGAAGACAGCCGUAGAUGAAGCGAGACCAUUAAAGACAAGCGUGGAUGAAGACCGGCCUCUUCAAAAACGUUCUGAUAUUCCAUCAUCAAUACCUUCAGUAACAAGAGAUGGUCACCACAGGCACUUCAAGGUCAUCUUGGUUGGAAACAGCAAAGUGGGCAAGACAUCUUUCGUUAUGAGGCUGGUCACGGGGAAAUUUCAAGAGACCCAGAGUACAAAACCAAAAUUUGACAUCGUGCGGCACGACAUUGAUGUCGAAGGCCACACAGUAAAACUGCAAAUCUGGGAUACUGCAGCACAGGAAAGGUUUCAAACUAUGCCCGAGCAGUACUACAGACGAGCGGAAGGAGCCAUUGUCAUGUACGACAUCACCUGCAAGGAAAGCUACGUCGAUGCCUCCAAGUGGGCUGCGGAGAUCAAGAAAAGAUCCUCCGUACAACCGGUACUGGUAGUGGUAGGCAGCAAAGAGGACCUGACGGGAUCACGUGAAGUGAAAGCGAAAGAAGGAGAGAAGCUUGCCCACACUUUGUCCUCUCCAACAAUGACGGUGGCAUUCUUCGAGGUCAGCGCCAAAACGGGAUUCACCGUUCUCAGGGCUGUAACACACUUGGCACUGCAAAUGCUGCGUGCUGAGGACAGCGAUGUUCACGAUGUCUUUCAGCUUCAGAGCCAGGCCGGACAGCCACGGAAACGCAAAUGCUGUUCCAAAUGAUAGGCCGUAUUACCACGCUUCUCACACCAUGCGCAAGCACAAAUGCUCCAUGUACACUAUUGCGAACGAGUCGCAACAAUCGAAAUAAAUUCGAAAUAUUUUAA